AUGGGUACAACGGCCAGCACAGCCCAGCAGACGGUUUCGGCGGGUGCCCCCCUCGAGGGCCUCCAGGGCGGUGGCCCGAUGGACGGUCAGCACUCACCCAGUGCCCACUCCUUCCAGACCACAGGCUUGCACAACAGUAAAGCCAAGUCCAUCAUCCCCAACAAAGUGGCCCCCGUCGUGAUCACGUACAACUGCAGGGAGGAGUUCCAGAUCCACGACGAGCUACUCAAGGCCCAUUACACGCUGGGCCGGCUCUCAGAGGCCACCCCUGAGCACUACCUGGUGCAGGGUCGCUACUUCCUGGUGCGGGAUGUUGUUGAGAAGAUGGAUGUUCUGGGCACCGUGCAGAGCUGUGGGGCCCCCAACUUCCGGCAGGUGCGGGGUGGGCUCACCGUGUUCGGCAUGGGGCAACCUACCCUCUCCGGAUUCAGGCGGGUCCUCCAGAAACUCCAGGAGGAUGGACACAGGGAGUGCGUCAUCUUCUGCGUGCGGGAGGAGCCCGUGCUGUUCCUGCGUGCUGGUGAGGACUUCGUGCCCUACACACCUCGAGACAAGCAGAAUCUUCGUGAGAACCUGCAGGGCCUUGGACCUGGAAUCCAGGCAGAGAGCCUGGAGCUGGCCAUCCGGAAGGAGAUCCAUGACUUUGCCCAGCUGAGUGAGAACACGUACCACGUGUACCACAAUAUUGAGGAUCUGCUGGGGGAGCCCCAUGCUGUGGCCAUCCGGGGUGAGGACGAUGUGCACGUGACCGAGGAGGUGUUCAAGCGGCCUCUCUUCCUGCAGCCCACCUACAGGUACCACCGCCUGCCCCUGCCAGAGCAAGGGGCCCCCCUGGAAGCCCAGUUUGAUGCCUUUGUGAGCGUCCUUCGGGAGACCCCCAGCCUGCUGCCGCUCCGAGAUGCCCACGGGCCUCCCCCUGCUCUCCUCUUCAGCUGCCAGACAGGCGUGGGCAGGACCAACCUGGGAAUGACCCUGGGUGCCCUCAUCCUGUUUCACCACAGCCGGGCUGCCUCGAGGCCGGAGGCUGUCCCCCUGCAGACCAAGCCACUGCCCAUGGAGCAGCUCCAGGUGAUCCAGAGCUUUCUCCACAUGGUGCCUCAGGGCAGGAAGAUGGUGGACGAGGUGGACAGAGCCAUCACCGCCUGUGCAGAGAUGCAUAACCUGAAGGAGGCCAUCUUGGAAAACCAGAGGAAGCUGGAAAGUGUCCGGCCGGCCGGCCCAGCCCAGGGAAGCAACAGCCAGCAUGGUGUCCGGCAGAGGGCGCUGCAGAGCCUGGAGCGAUACUUCUACCUGGUCCUGUUUAACUACUAUCUCCAUGAGCAGUACCCGCUGGCCUUUGCCCUCAGUUUCAGCCGCUGGCUCUGUGCCCAUCCUGAGCUGUACCGCCUGCCUGUGACCCUGAGCUCAGCGGGGCCUGUCGUCCCUGGGGACCUCCUCACUAAGGGCUCUCUGGGGGUGGACGACCUCAUCUCCCCAGACGCACUCAGCACCGUCAGAGAGAUGGACGUGGCCAACUUCCGGCGGGUGCCCCGCAUGCCUAUCUAUGGCACAGCCCAGCCCAGCGCCAAGGCCCUGGGGAGUAUCCUGGCCUAUCUGACCGAUGCCAAGCGGAAGCUGAAGCAUGUCGUGUGGGUCAACCUGAGGGAGGAGGCCGUGUUGGAGUGUGACGGGCACACCCACAGCCUGCGGUGGCCUGGGCCCCCCAUGGCCCCUGACCAGCUUGAGCACCUGGAGAUCCAGCUGAAGGCCCACCUGAGUACGCCUUUCCCAGGCACGGGGGGGCCACCGACCCGCAGGUUCCAGACGUGCCUCACCACACGGGAGGUCUUCGCCCAGCACCGUGGGGCCUACCCCGGCCUCACUUACCACCGCAUCCCCGUGCCAGACUUCUGCGCCCCCUGCGAGGAGGAUUUCGACCGACUGCUUGAGGCCCUGCGGGCUGCCCUCGCCAAGGACGCGGGCACCGGCUUCGUGUUCAGCUGCCUCAGCGGCCAGGGCCGGACCACGACCGCCAUGGUGGUGGCUGUGCUCGCCUUCUGGCACAUCCAAGGCUUCCCCGAGGUGGGCGAGGAGGAGCUUGUGAGUGUGCCCGAUGCCAAGUUCACCAAGGGCGAGUUUGAGGUGGUGAUGAAGGUGGUGCAGCUGCUGCCCGCUGGGCACCAGGUGAAGAAGGAGGUAGAUGCAGCCCUGGACACAGUCAGUGAGACCAUGACGCCCAUGCACUACCACCUGCGGGAAAUCAUCAUCUGCACCUACCGCCAGGUGAGCCUCGCCCGGACCCAGGUGUCCUUCCCCAUGUGCACGGCCCGGGUUGUGUUUGACUGGGUGGCAUCAAAGGCCGGAGUCUAUGAGAUCCUCAAUCAGCUGGGCUUCCCCGAGCUGGAGAGCGUGCAGGACCAGCCCUUCUCCGGGCUGCGCUGCCGGUGGCAGGAGCGGAGCCACGGCCUUGAGCCCGCCGCUGCUGGAGACUUCCUGUAG